UCACAUGACACUCGCAACGCCACCUUCUACCCCAGACUCAUCAGCCACACAUAGCUGUGUAAGCAGUGACCGUUCGCAUCACGCCCUCCCCACAUGAUCCCUUCCUGACGACAACGACCCUCCGCCCGGCCCUUCCUUCAACCUUUCCGCAGGCAACCAAUACCCAGAAAAGGUUCAUAAGUGCUCGUCAUACACCUACGCGACAUUUUACUUGCAAGAAUCCUUUCGACGACAAUUUCAAACGCCUCCGUCAAGGAACAAGUCAAAUCAAGCGUACACGAUGGCCUCCAAGACAAAAUACGCCCCGGCGCCGACCCAGGACCCCGACGAAGCAUCAAGCUACGCCCAGGCGCCCCCCGCCUACCAGGCCGAACCCACCGCCGCCUCCGACACCGAUCGCCUCUUCGGCGGCGGCGCGCCUCGCAGCAGCCAGGAUGACGACCUCCCCGAUGACUUCAAGUUCGGCGGCUCGGUAGCAGAGGCCACGACCGACAUCAGAAACCAGUUCAUCCGCAAGGUCUACGCCAUCCUCACCGUCCAACUCAUCGCCACCGGCGCCGUCUCCGCCCUCAGCUUCUUCAGCAAUGGCUACAAGACUUGGAUCCAGGCCCACCCAGGCCUCGUCUUCGCAUCCCUCUUCGGCUCCAUCAUCAUGAUGCUCCUCACCUUCUGGAAACGUAAAUCCUACCCGACAAACCUCCUCUUCCUCUCGGGCUUCACCCUCAUGGAAGCCUACACAAUCUCCGUCAUCGUCUCCUUCUACAAGGCCGGCAUCGUCCUCAACGCAGUCUUCCUCACCGCAGGCAUAUUCAUCUUCCUCACCGCCUUCGCCUGCCAGACAAAGUACGACUUCACCUCCUGGAUCCCCUACCUCGGCGGCGCCCUCUGGGGCCUCGUCCUCUUCGGCUUCAUGUACAUGUUCUUCCCCUACAGCUCUACCGGCGAGCUCGUCUAUGGCGGCAUCGCCGCCCUCAUCUUCAGCGCCUACAUCCUCGUCGACACCCAGCUCAUCAUGCGCCACCACCACGUCGAGGAGGAGAUUGCGGCCGCCAUCAGCCUGUAUCUCGAUAUUAUCAACCUGUUCUUGGCGAUUUUGCGCAUCUUGAACAGCCAGCAGAACAACUAAAGCUGGUCGCAACACACACACAAUACCCCUAUGUUCUAGUAGUAGCGUAAUUUGGAUUUCGUAAUCAGGCGGUCUCGGCUCCAGACAGGUUGCUUCGAGUAGAAAAGAGGCUGUUUUGUUAGUUCUUUUGUAAGGAAGCAGGGAUGCCAUAAGUGCUUAUUACACUGUCGGAUGCUGGAGUGAGAGUGCCGUUUGCGUGCUUGUCGUUCACAUGCCUCCUUCGUAGUAAAAUUGAUAUAAUACAAAUGGGUCA